AAUGCAAUAAAAUUCGCUAAAGCCGCCAUUAAAUAUCAAACACAACUUCCUCAGGCUCAACCUCACCAACCAAAGCCAUGGCUCUCCCCUUCCUCUGCUCUGUGCUCAUUUUCACCUUCCUCUUCUGUAACCCUCCACCGUUGUCGGCCCAACGGCAACAGAACAUCUCAAACUUCUCCUCCUCAGACUCCCCAUGGCGACCAAGCCAAGACCAGAUUCUUCUCUCUCCCAACUCCACCUUCGCUGCCGGGUUCUGGCGGACACCCACUUCUCCAAAUCUCUAUAUCUUCUCAAUUUGGUACCACAAUAUCUCUGUACACACCGAUAUUUGGUCCGCCAACGCCAAUUCCCCGGUUAGUGGCAACGGUACCGUCUCAAUUACUGCCUCCGGUGAGCUCCGGCUUGUUGAUUCGUCCGGCAAGAACUUAUGGCCGGGGAACGCUACGGGAAAGCCAAACUCCACCAUGGUCCUCAGGAACGAUGGUGUACUGGUUUAUGGGAACUGGUCGAGUUUUGGUUCUCCGACCAAUACUAUUCUUCCAAAUCAGCAGAUAAAUGGUACAGAGCUCGUCUCAAGGAACGGUAUGUAUAAAUUUAAUAACUCCAUGAAACUGGUUUUCAACGAUUCUGAUAGCUACUGGAGUACGGCUAAUGCGUUCCAGAAGUUGGACGAAUAUGGAAACGUGUGGCAGGAGAAUGGAGAGAAGCAAAUUUCCUCGGAUCUUGGUGCUGCCUGGUUGCGUAGAUUGACCCUUGACAAUGAUGGGAAUUUGAGAGUUUACAGUUUUCAAGGAGGUGUGGAUGGGUGGGUUGUUGUUUGGCUGGCUGUACCAGAAAUAUGCACAAUUUAUGGCAUAUGUGGUGCUAACUAUAUAUGUAUGAACGAUGGUGGGAAUUCUACUCGAUGUAUCUGUCCCCCCGGUUUUCAGAAAAGGGGAGAUUCAUGCGACAGGAAAAUUCCGAUGACGCAAAACACAAAGUUUCUCCGGCUUGACUACGUCAACUUCAGCGGCGGGGCCGACCAAAACAAUCUGGGUGUUCAGAAUUUUACCAUCUGUGAAUCCAAAUGCUUAGCCAACCGGGAUUGUCUAGGUUUUGGAUUCAAAUAUGACGGAUCGGGUUAUUGCGUACUUCAGCUCAAGCGGCUGUUAUAUGGAUACUGGUCUCCGGGAACCGAGACCGCCAUGUAUCUGCGGGUGGACAAUUCGGAAUCUGAUCAAAGCAACUUCACUGGCAUGACGGAUUUGCUUGAAACCACAUGCCCAGUCCGGAUCAGCCUCCCUCUGCCGCCUGAAGAAUCCAAUACCACGACGCGGAACAUUGUCAUUAUAUGCACUCUCUUCGCGGCGGAGCUCAUUUCCGGUGUUCUUUUCUUCUCUGCUUUUCUCAAGAAAUACAUCAAAUACAGAGACAUGGCUCGAACCCUCGGCCUAGAAUUCCUUCCCGCAGGUGGCCCCAAACGAUUCACGUACGCGGAGCUCAAGGCCGCGACAAAUGACUUCUCCGACUGUGUCGGAAAAGGCGGGUUCGGCGACGUAUACAAAGGGGAACUGCCUGAUCACCGCAUCGUCGCUGUGAAGUGCCUGAAAAAUGUGACGGGCGGGGACCCAGAGUUUUGGGCAGAGGUCACCAUCAUUGCCCGUAUGCAUCACCUCAAUCUGGUCCGCUUGUGGGGUUUCUGCGCCGAGAAGGGCCGGCGAAUACUGGUCUACGAGUACGUCCCAAAGGGUUCUCUGGACAAGUUCCUCUUCCCCGCGCGUGGAAUCCUUAAAUCCGAAGAGGAUGAUGCAGAGGAUGAAUUGCUGGACCCGAGUAGGCCCCCGAUGCUUGAUUGGAAUAUCCGUUAUCGAAUCGCACUGGGCGUGGCGAGGGCGAUAGCAUACCUCCACGAGGAGUGUCUGGAGUGGGUGCUCCAUUGCGAUAUCAAGCCGGAAAACAUACUUCUGGGAGACGAUUUCUGCCCUAAAAUUUCAGAUUUUGGGUUGGCGAAACUGAAGAAGAAGGAAGACAUGGUGAGCAUGUCAAGGAUCCGAGGGACCCGCGGGUACAUGGCGCCCGAAUGGGUGAAGAUGGAUCCCAUAACCCCCAAGGCUGACGUCUACAGCUUCGGAAUGGUGCUUCUGGAAAUUGUAAGUGGGCGAAGGAAUAACGAAAUCCAAGAUUCCCUAGCGCAGAGUGAGGACUGGUAUUUCCCAAGGUGGGCUUUCGACAAGGUGUUCAAGGAAAUGAGGGUGGAGGACAUUCUGGACAGUCAGAUCAUCCACUGUUACGACAGUCGAUUGCACUUUGACAUGGUGGAUCGCAUGGUGAAGACGGCGAUGUGGUGUCUUCAGGACCGACCGGAGAUGCGGCCUUCUAUGGGGAAGGUUGCUAAGAUGCUUGAAGGAACGGUGGAGAUGAUGGAACCCAAAAAGCCCACCAUUUUCUUCCUAGCCGACUAGUGGUCCACCCUUGUUGUCCUUUUCCAUAUAUAUAUAUAUAUAUACACAUAAUUUGGGGUCCUGGACCACUUAAUUGUGAAAACGAUGCCUUAGUAAUUUUUCAUUUAGGCAUGUUUCUGUGACAUGUCACUAUGUCAGCCUACGUUAUAUCACCAUGUUUAGAAGAAAUAAGUGGAAUAUAAGAAAAUCCUUCCUCUUCCUCCACACUUAAUUAUACCUUAACAUGCUUUCACACGUGUGUAUUAGGGUGUUUCUACUUUCUACAAAUACAAGGAAAUUAAUUUUUUUUC